CAGAAAGAGAACGACAUUCGUUGCUUAUUGUGUAUUGUUGAUCAGGCACCAGCACUCACAUCCAUUCAUUCGAUCGUUGCCCUCAGUGCCUGCUCAGCCAGUGAGUGAGACAGCUUAUACUUUCGUACCUUAUCCUGAAACAGUGUGACAGUUGAAGGCUUCCCUCUUACCGAAAAGAUACCGGUGGAUUAGCAGAAGAAAAAAUGACGUCUACCAAUGACGACCUUUCGGAUGGCCCUUGGACUUGCAGUUCCUGUGGCGAAACCAAGGCUAGUGAAAAUUUUUCCAGUCGUCAAGUCAAGCUCGCGAAAAAGGGCAAAGAGGCCAAAUGUCAAAGUUGCAAUGACGAAUUGACCCAAGCACAGAAUUCCAAUGAUGAUGUCGAUGUCGAGGAUACGAAGACGGGGAAUACAGAUGGGGAAGACUCGACGGAAGAGAAGGAUCCCGAAAAAUCUCCAGAAAAGGCAGAGAAAGAGGACAUGGAAUCAGAAGCAGAAGAGACUGGAUCCUCAACUGGGAAAGAGCAAACGGAAUCUAGUAGUAGUAGUAAACAGGACGAUGAUGAAGGCGAUUUUGUGGAUGAAUCAAAGCUAUCAAAAAAGCAAAGGAAACAGAUGAAGAAAGAGCGCAAGGAGGCCAAGAAAGAACGCAAGGAGGCCAAGAAAAGGGCCAAGAAAGAACGAAAGAAGAGAAAAAAGGACAAAAAGAAAGGAAAAAAUGACACUGAGUCUGCGGGAUCUUCGUCAUCCUCCUCAGUCCCUACCGGCGAAGAUCCCAAACCAAAAUUCUCAGAUGACGAAGGUUUAGCCAAAUUCUCGGAUGAAGAUAAAGCCAAAUUCUCAUCAAAUGAUGAAGAAGAUAAAACCAGAUUCUCGGAUGAUGAAGAACAAGCCAAACAGGCCAAAUUCUCGGAUGAAGAUGACGACGAGGGAGAAGCAAAGUUUUCAGAGGAUGAACCAGACGCCAAAUCUCCAAACCAGAAGGAGGAAACCAAGACCAAAGCCAAGUUUUCCAGCGAGGAAGAUAAUGCGGCAUUUUCGGAUGUGGACGAAGAGGCACAGUUCUCGGCGAAUGAAGAAGAUGAAGAAGAAAAAGCUCAGUUUUCAGACGAUGACAAUGCACAAUUCUCGGAUACGGAAAUGAAGGAAGCAUCCACUGACAAAGACAAGAAUGCGAGCAGCCCACAAGAAGAAGACAAGAAGGACGCACUGCAGAUUCCACGAAAGAAAAAGGCUCCUCCGCAGGAACCAAAGGACAGCAACAAUGCUACCGGUUCUUCAUUGAUUGCCAAUGUAGAACCGGCAAAACCAAAACCCAAAACAAUUGGCAUGAUGGACAUUGACGACGAAGAUGAUGACGGCCCAGACGCAAACGAGGAGGAGGAAGAUGAGUAUGGAAAUAAUGAUCAGUACGACAAUGGGGGCAGUGUCUCGGUCAGCCAACUCAAAAAUCGCAUCCUGGGGCGCCAAAUACGUACGCACGACGACGAUGAUGAAGACGAUGAGGAGCAUCGCGACAACCUAGCGUCCCAACAAUAUUCAACCACACACAAAGUAUCUCCAGAAUUGCGAAAGGAGCUUUCUUGUGCCAUUUGUCACGAAGUCUUGCUGCAUCCAGUUUCGCUUCUAUGCGGACAUUCCUUUUGUCAAGAAUGCAUAAAGUGGUGGUGGCAACAAUCUACAGCCAAUGACAGCGCCAAGAAGAAGAGCUGUCCCACCUGUCGACAAACCAUGCCGCUCUCCAAGAAGGAGACGGAGCUUGGGGUCAACAUGGCACUGCGCGCAUGUGUCGUGGCCUUGCUAGGGGAUGAUUUGCAAGCUCGUCUGCAGGCAGAACGAGAGGUUAAGAAAAAAGCAACAAAAGGUGAAAAUGAAGGAGCCCACGACGCUGGAUAUGAAGUCUUAACAAGUGUACAAUCUGACGGAUGGAAGCAAAGCAAGCGGAUUCCAUGGCCCUGUCGACGGUCCAUUAUUCUGGACGCAGAAGAUCAACGCAUGCAGUUGGCACUAGGACUAUGGAAAGAUUCGACUGGAGGUGGCGUUCGUUUCAAUGAUCGGGAGCAGUCUCUGCAGGUCUCGCUCUGUCUUCUCUCCAUGGAGGAGGAUGAGGUCGCGGAUACUGGCUUCCCGCGAAUAGUCGAUGACGAGGAUGACGAGGACAAUGAUCAUUUACUUGUGACACGGAAUGGUGGACGUUUUGUUCACUCCUUUGUAAGAGCCAUGGUCAAGCAGCAGUCUGGAGGCACUAUUCCACUAGGAAGACGUGGCAUCACAGCAGAAGGAGUGUGUGCCAUGUCACUAGAUCUGUCGAACGUGAACCUCUCUGCCAGUGGGGCUACAGUUGUUUCCUUCCAGCAUGAAGAAUCUGGUGCCACACUAGAAUUGAGAGUAGCCAGCAAUUCACCGAGAGCAAUGGCGAAACCGCCGGGAAGAUCAGCUUCCACUGCAUUGGAGCUGAACGAUGACGACGAUGAAGAAGGCGAUGAAAAGCAACAUGAUUCCGAGGAGGAUGGGUCGCAUAUGGACCGGUUCGAGGAUGACGGAUUCAUUGCAGACGAAGGUGAAGAAGCGGAAGAAAUCAAUGACGAGAACGACUUGUGCGCAAUUUGUGAUGAGGGAGGUGAACUUAUUAUUUGCGGCGCCGAAGAAGUCGAGGGCUGUGAACGCUCGUUCCAUAUAGCUUGCGUCAACCAUGAUGUGGUACCUCCUGGAGAUUGGAUCUGCCAGGACUGUGCCCGCGGUGCCGGAAUCGAAGUUGGAAUCGAGGGCUACGAGUUCCCAUCCGCCCUGGACCAACCAUGCUCGGGGUGCAAAGGAGAAGGGGCCCACAUUGUUUGUAAUGGCGGCGACACCGUCGCAGGCUGCGGCUCAGCGUUUCAUCUCGGCUGCGUCAAUCGAACGGCAGUGCCGAAGCGCGAUUGGAUUUGCAAGAAGUGUGCUCGCGAACUGACUCUAGAAGUUGGCAUUGAGGGCCAUGAGUUCCCAGCUGAUGGAGAACCUAUUAAGCUCAGUGAUGACAAUGCAGACGAAGAGGCCGAUGACUUCGGCGAGGACUCGCCGGCAACGAACAAGAAGCGAAAGCGUUUGGGCAAAUCAGAAGAUGUCAUCAAGAUUGAUUCAACCAGUGAUCACAGCGAUGAGGACAAGAAAGCAGACGAAGAUGCCAAUGCCCCAACAAGACGUCAUAUUGGGGAUGACAAUGAUUCCGACGACGAGGAAUUGGAGGUUCUCCUGCCUAAUCAGAGCGAAGACGACAAGAAAGCAGACGAAGAUGCCAAGGUUGCCAGGGCUGCGAUGAAACGACAUAUUGGGGACGACGAUGAUUCAGACGAUGAGGAAUUGGAGGUUCUUCCGUCGAAACCAAAGAAGCGUAGUCGAGUUCUUGAGAGUGACGACGAAGACGAGUAA